AUUACAUCACUUCCGUUUAUCCUCGGGCGCCGCCGCGGUGUUCUCAGAGUGCCGCUGCGAACUGGCUGAAGGAGCUAGGGGACUAGAGGCGGGGUGGGAGGGGGGCGGGCGGAAGGGGGAGGAAAUCCCAAAACGGAGACGCAGGUCUGGACGUUCCCACCUCCUCUGACACUGCCGAGUCCGAUCGGAGAGGGGUCACCGCCUCCUUCAGCGAGGAGGAGGGGGGCGGAGCCCGGCUCAGAAUCAUGGAUUUUCCUGGUCACUUUGAACAAAUCUUCCAGCAGCUGAACUACCAGAGACUUCAUGGCCAGCUCUGUGAUUGUGUCAUUGUGGUAGGGAAUAGACACUUUAAAGCCCACCGCUCCGUGCUGGCGGCAUGCAGCACGCAUUUCCGAGCCCUGUUCUCAGUGGCAGAAGGAGAUCAGACCAUGAACAUGAUCCAGCUGGAUAGCGAGGUGGUGACAGCAGAGGCCUUUGCUGCACUGAUUGACAUGAUGUAUACCUCCACCCUCAUGCUGGGGGAGAGCAAUGUUAUGGAUGUCUUAUUGGCAGCCUCUCACCUGCAUUUGAACUCUGUUGUUAAGGCAUGUAAACAUUACUUAACGACAAGGACGCUGCCCAUGUCUCCCCCCAGUGAGCGCGUUCAGGAGCAGAACGCCCGCAUGCAGCGCUCCUUUAUGCUACAGCAGCUGGGACUAAGUAUUGUGAGCUCAGCCCUCAAUUCCAGCCAGAAUGGCGAGGAGCAGCCAGCCCCCAUGAGCUCUUCCAUGCGCAGUAACCUGGAUCAGCGCACGCCCUUCCCCAUGAGACGCUUUCAUAAGCGCAAGCAGUCUGCAGAAGAGCGGGCCAGGCAGCGCCUCCGACCCUCCAUGGAUGAGUCUGCCAUUUCAGAUGUUACACCGGAGAAUGGGCCUUCAGGGGUUCAUUCUCGGGAGGAGUUCUUUUCACCAGAUUCUCUGAAAAUUGUGGAUAAUCCUAAAGCUGAUGGAAUGACUGAUAACCAGGAAGACAGUGCGAUCAUGUUUGAUCAGUCUUUUGGCACUCAAGAAGAUGCCCAGGUGCCCAGCCAGUCUGAUAACAGUGCUGGCAACAUGGCACAGUUGUCCAUGGCCUCUCGUGCAACUCAGGUUGAGACUAGUUUUGAUCAGGAAGCUGCAACUGAGAAAAGUAGUUUUCAGUGUGAAAAUCCUGAGGUUGGCCUUGGUGAGAAGGAGCACAUGAGAGUGGUGGUUAAAUCUGAGCCCCUGAGCUCGCCUGAGCCUCAGGAUGAAGUGAGCGAUGUGACCUCACAAGCAGAAGGCAGCGAGUCUGUAGAAGUGGAAGGAGUCGUGGUCAGUGCUGAGAAGAUAGACCUCAGCCCUGAAAGCAGUGAUCGGAGUUUUUCAGAUCCCCAGUCUAGCACAGACAGGGUAGGUGAUAUCCACAUUUUGGAGGUCACAAAUAACCUAGAGCAUAAGUCCACUUUUAGUAUUUCAAAUUUUCUUAACAAGAGCAGAGGAAAUAACUUUACUGCAAAUCAGAACAAUGAUGAUAAUAUCCCAAACACCACUAGUGACUGCAGGCUGGAGAGCGAGGCCCCUUAUUUGUUGAGUCCAGAGGCUGGGCCUGCAGGUGGGCCCUCCUCUGCCCCUGGCUCCCAUGUAGAGAACCCAUUUAGUGAACCUGCAGACUCCCACUUCGUCAGGCCUAUGCAGGAGGUGAUGGGCCUGCCGUGUGUGCAGACUUCAGGCUACCAAGGAGGAGAACAGUUUGGGAUGGACUUUUCCAGGUCUGGUUUGGGCCUCCACUCCUCGUUCUCCAGGGUAAUGAUAGGUUCCCCAAGGGGAGGAGCCAGUAACUUUCCAUACUAUCGCCGCAUAGCUCCCAAAAUGCCAGUUGUAACUUCUGUCAGGAGCUCACAGAUCCCAGAAAACUCUACCAGUUCCCAGCUAAUGAUGAAUGGAGCUACAUCCUCUUUUGAAAAUGGCCAUCCUUCCCAGCCUGGCCCUCCACAAUUGACCAGAGCAUCUGCAGAUGUUCUGUCAAAAUGCAAGAAGGCCUUAUCAGAGCACAAUGUUUUGGUUGUAGAGGGAGCUCGCAAGUAUGCCUGCAAAAUCUGCUGCAAAACUUUUUUGACUUUGACAGAUUGCAAGAAACACAUCCGUGUUCAUACAGGUGAAAAGCCCUACGCCUGCCUGAAGUGUGGCAAGAGGUUUAGUCAGUCCAGCCACCUGUAUAAGCACUCAAAGACUACCUGCCUGCGCUGGCAGAGCAGCAAUCUUCCCAGCACUUUGCUCUAGCUGUUUGUCCUUACAAGACAACGCUGAGGCCAGUUGUCGGACUGAAUUUCUUUUGGUAAGCAGUUAAUGCCUUUGGGUUCGAGGCUUCUAGCUGCCCAGUGGCUCUUAAACAGUUUAGCAACUAAUAACCGGAGAACUAACAUGUAGUAGUUGUGCUGCUGCAUUUCUGAAUCAAGUGCACGUCUUGGGAAAGGGACGCAAUCCCUGAAACCAGGUUCUUCCUUAGGGUUGAGUAAUGCAGUCAGAAAGUAGUUUGUAAUUGAUGUUGAAAGUGGCACAUUUAAAAAUUUAAAAGUUGAAGUGCAAAAAAAAUUUUCUAGCAAUUUUUGUAAAACUGUGUAGCAUUUAAAUUUCCUAUACCUUCUGAUGGGAAUAUUAUCCCUGUACAGUGAUGCAAAAUGCACUUAUGUGUAACCAGUGGUGAUUUGGUGCCUGUCUUAAAGGAAGGCCUUUGAGGACACGCCUGUCUGCCACAAAUGCUUUAAAGUGUAUCCUGAGCUAGUCCUAGGCCUCAGAAAGUACUGUAUUUUUUAUUUUUACCUGAUUUGCAGUCACACACACUGCACUUUGGUGCUGACACUGGGUCCAGAGUGAGCAUUCUCUUGGACUAUUAGGUGUAUAUACUUUUGAAUACAUCACUGUUGGAUAGGUGUUUUAACAGUUUUUUCUGGUUUAAAAACCAAAUUGUAAAUGGAGUAUGUACUUGUAGAGAGUGACAAGGUAUUGUUUCCGUAUGUGCUGUUUGAGCAGUAUUUUAACCAACUUGUAUUACAGAUGUUACAGUUCUAUGUUAGGAAGUCAGAAAAGAGCUUGUGUUUGUCUUUGUUCUGAUGACGUGGAGUCAUUUUGUGGGGUCUUCCAUGGCACAUUUACCCAUUGCUCCAUCCAGAUGUUGAGGGCCAGUCUAAGCUGACACAUCCUACCCGAGGACAAGCCUGUUCUCCACUUCAUUUCUUCACUCUCCCCUCCCCAUAUAGCAGCUCUCCCAGGUUUACAUUACUGUUUUCGAUGACAGAUUAACCAAAAAUGCCCCCACACGGGUUUUAUUACUGUUAUAUACUAUACUUUAACAGUACAGACCCUAAUUUUAUUAUUUGUUGCUCCCCCAAUCUGAUCCCAAAUGUUUAAAAUUGUUUGAAAUCCAAACAUGGUAGCGCAUGGGGUAAAUAUUUUGUAGCCUGUUGAAGAGUUGACAGCCCAUAGCAUAGAAAUAAUCAAGUAGCAUCUGAGACUGUUGGAGGCACUCGGGUCACUGCCCAGGGUCUCUCUGGGCCCUGCAUCCUCACUUCCCCAGCCCCACCUUGCUGUCCUCUGACACUGUGCCAUCGGGGCUGUUAGUGGCACCUGUGUGAGGCCAAGUGUGCGUCCAGGGGAACAGCACAGGUUAAUGCAUCUCCCUAGGACUCAUGAAGUCAGUUUAAUUCAUGCACGAACAUGAGUUCGUUUUAUGUUUUAUAUGCUUUCUUAGAGAUACCAAACCAUCAUGCAUAAUUCAGAUAAAUUAUUCAGUUUUUGUGUUUAGAAAGCUUAGUAUGUGUAGCUGGAAACAAAAAUGAGCGUGUUUUCUCUCCUGUUAGAGUAUGCAGUUACACAUCUGUGGAUAAUUUCAUGUUCCAGCAGGGCUUGGCAUGUCCCAUGGACUGAUUCCCAGGAAGAAAAGCCCAAAGGGAAAGCCACGAUUCCUUUCGAGUAGAUGUGGGAAAGAGCCCAUUGGAGGAUAUGGGGGUCCUGUGAAAUUCAGUUGUGUGUGUGGCUCCUUGUUAGCGGUCAUGUUGACAUGGUAUUAGGAGGCUCCCCAUCCACCCUUUACGUGAUGUAGGGACCAGUGUCUUGUGAGAUUAACCUUGGGACACAGUGGGUAAGCCUGGAGAAAACGAGAGGCCCCACCUGGACCCAGGGAGAGGAGCCAGUGACACAGGGCUCCUUCCCUUCCCUUUGGAGGAAGUGGUGCCAGGAGCCUGCCCGCUCACCUCUGCUGAAGCGUAAGUGGACUUUGCUUUUGGGGCUUAUCUCUGAUACAUGCUGGAGCCCUGCCUCUCCACUGCUAGAUGGAACCUGGAAUCUCUCAUCUACCUCUUAGUCGGUCAGUUUCUACGUGUGAGAAGCAAGCUUGUGGGCCAGUGUCCUUGUACAUGCUGUAGCACUUAAAAAAUAAUUCCAGGGUUCCCUGGAAAACCAGUCCCAGGGUUCCUAUGAUCUGUAGUUUCUAUCUGGAUUAUAACUGGUAUUGGGUACCUGAAUUUUGAUUGGUUAGCCUUAAUUAUAGUCUGGCGUGAUCAUGUAGAAUCUUUUCUGGUGAUCAGAUCAUAGAGUUCUAUCAGGGCAUCCAUGUCAGUGGUGCUAUAGCUGGUUACAACUUGAGAUUUUGAAAUAAAAAUUUUGUCAUAUUCAUGCCUCUAAA